CUGUCCUGCAGCACACACACACACAUACACACACACACACACACACACUCCAGACCUCAAUCUCCUCUCUUGCACUAAACAUGCUCUGUUGGGAAUUGUGUUUAGCCCUAUUGAUCACCGGCUUCCCAGUGUGGGCUCUGCCUUCAACAAACAUCAAGAUCACACAAGCACUGCCCCUGCAACUGUCAGACUCAAACCAGCCUGUGACAUGUCCGCUCUUCUGGACUGAAUUUGAGGGUUACUGUUACCGCUUCUUCCCCUUGAACCGCACCUGGGCUGAGGCAGAUCUGUACUGCGCUGAGUUCUCAAACGGACACAAAUCUGCCAAACUCACCUCCAUCCACAGCUGGGAGGAAAAUGUGUUUGUCUAUGAUCUUGUGAACAGCCGUGUACCAGGAAUUCCAACAGAUAUUUGGAUUGGCCUUCAUGAUAGAAGACAGGAGGGCACUAUGGAGUGGACAGAUGGGUCACCCUAUGAAUACAGUUACUGGGAUGGAAAUCAACCAGAUGAUGGCAUCCAUCGCAUCCCUCAGGAGGAGGAUUGUGUGGAGAUCUGGUACAGACAAAACAGUGCACUGAGGUCUUGGAAUGACAACAAUUGUGAUAAGGCCUUUCCAUUCGUCUGUAAGAUUCCUACACUGGAAAACUAACCUCAGAGCUAAGAUUAUUUAUCCAGUUCUUUAUCGUCAACACUGACACCCAACAUCACUCAAUCACAGCGUAGCAACAAGAUGUCUGCUCAUCUCCAUCCCUGCAGUGAUGAAGGGCUCUCUCCAGCCUGCUAUAGGCACUUCAUUUGCAUUUCUCUCCCUUUCACUCCAAUUCCCUGCCCCCAUCGUCCUCCUAUCACUGUUGUAUAUAUAUGUGUAUAUAUAUAUAUUUUUGCAGCAAUGCCAUAAAAGAAUCAUUUUUGCUUUCCCAAAGAACCUUUCAGUGACUAGUUCUUAAAAGAAGCAUUUGUUUCUGUGUUAAACAUUUUAAUAAUCUAAUGAGAAUCUUUUGAGGAAUGGAAAGCUUCCAUGAAUGUUAAAUUUUCUUAAUGGAACUAUAGAAGCCAAUAAUGAACCUUUAUUUUUAGUGUAGACAGUGAGCUGCAGUAUAUGGCUAAACUGGACUAGACCAAAUGCUUAGUGUUUAUUUUUUCAAUCCAAGCCAAUCAUCUGUCUAUUAAUGCUCUGAGACAUUAUUUCCUUCUUUUCAAAUAGGGUACUUUUGCUGGAGACCCCAUGAUUUUAUAAAAAGUCUGAAAAUGUCUCUUAUUUUCGAUAGAAAGUAUAUUUUUAAUUUUUUGCAGACCUUGAGACAGGAAUGUGUGUGUCCAUAUAAUGUCUCCUGAGUCCUGAUCUGGAAUCCCAAACACUGUCAGUGUCCGUUUGUGCACAUUUACCUGUCACUGACCUAGAAGUUGAGAUUCUAAAAGAGAAGGCAUUUAAGCUUCUGUUGACUGCAGAGCUUCAAAAGACAGAAAGAGCUUAGACUCAGCUAGGCAGAUGACCUUUUCUGCUUUUCUCUCUAGUUCAUGUGCUGUGCCAAUUAGUGACCCCCCCCUCCCCAUUCUUAUCCACACAACUGCUAGCAAGGAAUUUACUAUAUUACACUUCAGAAGUAAUUCAACACUGUCAGGAAAUAGAUCAGUUUAACAAUAAUAAAUAAUAAUAACAUAAUUCUCACUAAUUACGAAUAUACCUCAAUAUUUAGAACACAUAUUAUAUUACGGGGCUGUUCACAGAAAACAUGUUUUUGUAUUCCACUGUGCUUUUCCAUUGUUUUUACGCAAACGUGCUAAAUGGAUAUCUUUGACCAUUGCACAUAUUUCUUUUUUUGCAAUGUCUCAUGCAUGGCUCACUGCUUUAAAAAAAAAUGUCUAGAGGAAAUUCAAUUUGUAAAUUCAUAAACAAGGUAGUUUUGAUGAUUAUAUGCCUGACCCACGUUGACAGUGGGGUUAAGCUGUUCCCCUGUUGCUGAAGAGAGUAAUUAAUUGACCCUCUUGUAAACCUCCAAGUAAUUAUCUCCCUCUUAAGGCCUGCAGAGGGAACAUUUUUACACAAACAAGCCUGGAUCUUUGUGUGUGUGUGUGUGUGUGUGUGUGUGUGCGCGCCAUCACUGCAAUUGCAAAAUGGUUUAAACAAAUAUUACUUAUAAUAAAUGAAUAAUUUUUUUUAAAAUGAUCCAGUGAUUUUAGAUAUUACUGAUGUCCAAUCUGCACCAAAGUGAAGGUAUAUAAAAUAUGAAAGGUAUAAGAAGAUUCUGUAAAAA